UGCUUUUAUUCCUGCAGCGAAGAUGUUUGUAAACGAGGAUUCACUGUUAUUAUUGAUAUGCGGGGAUCCAAAUGGGAUUUGAUCAAGCCUCUCCUAAAGACCCUUCAAGAAGCCUUUCCUGCCGAGAUUCACGUUGCCCUGAUUAUAAAACCUGAUAAUUUCUGGCAGAAGCAGAAAACGAACUUCGGCAGUUCCAAGUUCAUCUUUGAGACAAGUAUGGUAUCUGUUGAAGGCCUGGCAAAACUCGUAGAUCCUUCUCAACUGACGGAUGAGUUUGAAGGAUCCUUGGAUUACAACCACGAUGAAUGGAUAGAGUUGCGCGUCUCCUUGGAAGAGUUUUUCAACAGUGCCAUCCAUUUAUUAUCAAGGCUGGAGGAUCUCCAGGAAAUGUUGGCUAGGAAGGAGUUUCCAGUUGAUGUUGAGGGCUCAAGAAGGCUGAUUGAUGAGCACACGCAGCUUAAGAAAAAAGUGAUUAAAGCUCCUGUGGAAGAACUGGAUCGUGAGGGUCAGAGGUUAUUACAAUGUAUAAGAUGCAGUGAUGGUUUUUCUGGUAGGAACUGCAUUCCUGGAAGUGCAGAUUUUCAAAGUCUUGUGCCAAAGAUCACCAGCCUUUUAGACAAGCUGCAUUCUACCCGACAACACUUGCAUCAGAUGUGGCAUGUCCGCAAGUUGAAACUGGACCAGUGCUUUCAACUUCGGCUUUUUGAGCAAGAUGCUGAGAAG